AUGGAGGAUCCACCGCUACCUGCAGACAAAGGCAAAGAGAAAGUGGUUGAGGAGGAUGCUGCUGUGACCAUCCAUACGGAAGGGAGCAGCUCUGGUCUGUCCCUGGAGGAGAAACUUGCUGCGCUUACCUCUGCUCAUGCUGACGCUGAUGACUUCACGGAUGAUGACUCCGACGACGAGCUUGAGUUUGAUGUCACGAAAGACCUCGUCGCCAAGCAGCGCUUCACGGCCAUCCUGCUGAUCCCGUUCAUCCUGCAGCAGGAAAUGGCGAAUGUUAUUCUGACCGACCUGUUCCCGGCUUAUGUUGCAAAGACGAAGUACAGCCGGCUUCAGUUAUCAUUCCUGAAGGAAGAAGAUGCAGUUAAUGUGCGUCAGGCGACAUUGGAAUACCAGCGUGCGAACAGCAGUGUCACUCACAAGCUCCACUGGCUGCAUGCUGAGAAUGCGGCCUUCAUUCGAUUUAAGGCGUCCAACGCGCGUGCGCUCGAAGUUCUCUUUAAAGGUGUUCCUGCGAAUAUCACUCCGGAAGGGUUGGAAGAGAUGCUGACAAAACACAAGCUGAAGAUUCGACAGGUCACACCGUUCCUUGAAGGACACUGCUUUCACCGUGUGCUUCAUCCGGUUUCUGGAGCUGACACGGACGUGAUCAAGGGCUUGGUUAUUCCACAUACGGAGGAGAAGAAGCGUCGCCAUAUUCACCAGAUCAGUCAUCCUCUGGAGCACGGCAAGAAGCUCCUGGAGCCAGUCUCUGACCACGGCUUCGCCAUUCGCAUCGCCUUCAAGAUCAAAUCGCAGCUGCGCACGGGCCCGGGGCUAUGGCGCAUGCACCCAUCCAUGCUGCACAGACCAGGUGUCCGUAAGCUUACGGAAGAGGUGGAGGGGCAGGUUGCACAAAAAGGCGGUGAUUUUGAGGUUCUGAUAUCUCGCCUGAAUAUCAGCCUUCGUCGUUACUCCAAGGAGGAGAGCAAAAGGAUAAGGGCGACGACCAAUCACCUUUCAUCAAUGGUCGCAGGGUUGGCGCAAGAAUUCAUGUGCAACCCAAAAGAUCAACUGCUAAAAGAGAGAUUAAGGAAGGCGGAGCGGCAGUUAAAAGAGUAUCACGCAUGUCGGCGAGAGAGGAAUCACCUUAUGGCGGGAAUGGCCAAGGAGCUAGUCGGUGAAAUCCCGUCUCCUCACCUCUCAGCGAGGAUUAAGAUGCGGAGGGUUAAGACACAGAUAACGGAGCUGGCGGUUCCCGGGGGGGUGGUAACUGAGCCAAAAGAGAUUUUGAAGGCGGCAUCUGAAUACUACAGCGGUCUCUUCGGGGAGGAUAAGAGGACGGCACUCUCAAACUGGGUUCCAGCAGCGGGGAAAAGGCUUUGGUUCUCGGAGGCGGAGUGUUUGCAGGAGGACUGGACAGAAGCAGAGGUGAAGCGUGCUCUCAAGGAGAUGGCUGACAAUAAAUCUCCGGGGAAGGAUGGGCUACCGAAGGAACUUUUUGAGCAACAUUGGGACGUACUGGGGAAACACCUCAUGGAGCUGGUACAGAGCUUCACCUCCUCAUCGUCGCUCCCGACUAGCGUUAAGGACGCUGUAACCAUUCUUCUGCAUAAAAAGGGAGCAAAAGAGCAGUUAGAGAACUACCGACCGAUAACCUUGCUGAACUUCAGUUACAAAGUACUGGCAAGGGUGCUGGCGAGCAGAAUUAAAAAGGUGCUUCACAAAGUCAUCUCGGAGGAGCAGUUUGGCUUCAUACCGGGGAGAAGGGUGUCGGAUGCGGUGGGGCUUGUAGCGGAUGUCAUCGACGCGGCAAAGAAUGGCAUGGAGGACUGGUAUAUGCUGCUGGUCGACUUCAGGAAAGCCUUUGACUCAGUUUCCCGGGACUUCACCUUUGAGGUCCUUAAGAAGAUGGGCUUUCCGGAGCGUUUUGUCGGGUGGGUGAAAGGACUGCACGACAACACGCGCACAAGUCUAUUAGUUAACGGAUGGAUGGGGGAAGCAGUGGAUGUGGUAUCAGGAGUUCGGCAGGGGUGUCCCAUCGCCCCUUACUUGUUUCUCUGUGCGGUGGAACCUCUGGUGCAGCUGGUGGAAAAGAAGAAGUUGGGAAUUACCAUCAGGGGUUGUACUGAGCAACGGCUGGCUUACGUCGGUUAUGCCGAUGAUACUACUCUCCUACUUCAGGGAAAACAGCAAAUCGUCAAAGCGGAGGAAGUACUGGAGGAGUUCAAGAACAUCUCUGGGUUGGCGACGAAUAAAGAUAAAUCGGUGGUGCUUCCGCUAGGAGUUAACCUUGGCAAAAAGACAUGGCGCACAGAUGGCUUCAGAUGGGCAGGUGCGGAUGAGGCUGAAAAGCUUCUUGGUAUCUGGGUCACGCCCAGCGGAAGCUGCCAGCCGACCUGGGACAAGGCCCUGGAGAGGAUUGUGGGGAAGAUGUCCCUGUGGCAGCCGCAGUAUUUGCCGAUUAAAGCAAGGAGAGCUGUGAUGGAUGGUUACAUCAUGCCGAUAGCCUGGUCGCAGGCCCAGGUGUACCCGCCGCCUGCUCGGACCUGGGGGGUUAUAACGAAGCUGUCGCACACUUUCAUGUCAGCCAACAAGGUUACAACGGAGAAAUGUUUCUUCCUAUGGAGUAAGGAGCUGCUGUACACGCCGGUGUUGGAAGGAGGUGUGGGGGCAAAAGACCCAGAAGCUAUGCUUACCUGCUUCACAGCCAGGAGGAUUGGGUUGAUACUCAAUGAGUCCAGUCAGCUAAAACGGAAUUUGCUACGGCAGGCAGCAGACUUACCACUGGGGCUCGAUACCUUUAUGUCGCACGAGAAGCUUCUGAAAGUUUGGGAGGGGAAGAGCCAGCGGUGGAAGUUGGCAUGUGAAAACUUCAUGCGUUCUCCUCUGGCGGUGACAGGGGCGGAGCGAAGCAAAGAGGAGGUGGGGCUGGAGAGAAUUGUGUUUAACAGACACAUUCUUCGGAAAGGCUCCACGCCAUUUGGGGGACAAAAGGCGGCGAAACGGCUGCGAGAAGUAAGGCUGGGGGAUCUGAUCCGGAAAGAUGAGGAGGGGAGGGGCACGCUAAAGGACCUGGUCACUCUGGAGAGGGAGCUGCUGGGGAUGGAGGCUGCGAAGCUGGCACUGGAGGCCUUUGCUGCAGCACCAGAAGCUUGGAGGGGAUUGCUUCUCUCAGCUGAGUUACCGCAGAUGGGCUUUGCAGAGGUGUAUGUGGCAGGGAGAGAGGGGUCAAAGCAGUUGCGCAACAAACUCCUGGUGAAGGGGGAGGUUGCGCCGAUGAAGUCACUCAGGUCCUGUUGGGGGCAUGGCAGCAGCGGGCAGUCCAGGCGGAAAAAGUGGGAGGACAGAUGGAGCGGUCGUAUAGACUGGAAGCGGGCAGUUAAAACCCGGGAAUCGCUAGUCACCCCCAGCAGGCCAAGGGAUGUUUUGCUAAGAAUCCACAGUCUGAAUCUGCAAGUCGGGGAGAGACUCCCCUUUCUCAGAAGUGGGCCGGUGUGUCCUUUCUGUGGGGUCUUUGAAACAUUGGAGCACUGUUUUUCUGAGUGCCCAAAGAUCCGGGUGGUGGUUGCAGCAGUGAAGAAGGCCCUGCGCAUGAUUAAUCCUGGCAGGCGGGCGGAAUCGCUGGGGGACUGGCUGUUCGGAAAGGCAAACUCCACGUCAGCAUUCCCCGAGGCGACUCUGAUCUCUAUCGCUUUGCAUCAACUAUGGGUGGAGAGGUGUGAAGGGGCCUUUCGCGGGUGUAAAUUUCGCACGAGGCGGGUACUGCGGAGGAUUGAAACUGCUCUGCGCAUGCAUGUCAACAUUUACGUGCGUGCCUCAGCGGGAAAGCUGCAACAGAAGGGGAAGGUGCAGCAAGCCAGAUGGCACGUGAUGACGAAUCAGGAACAGUGUCUUCUGAACCGCAUCAGGGUGGUGGAGGGCAAGGGCUGGCGGUGGUCGGCCAAAUUCGCAGCAAUUUGGGGCAAGCCACACAGGCCCCGGAUCCACAUGUAA